AUGAGUGAUAAACCGAAAUCCCCACGAAAACGCCGCACACGCCAUCGUUACAAGAAGCAUGCAAAAGGCAAGUCGACGACCAACAGCCGUGCGGAGGAGAGUGAAGGAAAACCGGGGGCAGAAGGAGAAGCAGCGCUAUCGCCCUCAGCAACACCAGCCCCUCAGCAAUCCCUGUCCGUGCUACCGGAAGAACCACCGCAUCGUAGGGUACUACGAGCGAAGCUUGAUCCAGCGUUCGUACAGGAGGAGCGAGAAGUACGGGCAUCGCUGGACAGUCGGAGGACUCUCGAUCACGGUACCGCGGAACUAACACAAGAUGGCAAACAGCAGUCACCGUUACAUCCGAUGGACCGAGAGAUUCUCUUCUUCACUGACUCCCUACCAGAGGACGUGUUCUAUGAUGCAGAGGAAGGACCCUCCAACGUGACGACAAUCGAGCGUAAAACGAAUCACCCAGUCCAGUCACCGAGAUCCUCAAAAUCCUCGAAUGAUGCGGACUCCCCAACGCACCUCACUUCGUCCUACUUUCAGCCCGACGAUACCACGGUAGUGGUGGUUCCAUGGAAAACGCAAAAGCUGGACAGACCAGACGAUAGUCUGCUGUUCUAUCAACCCGAUCGCAACUUCACGCUUCCCAGAGCGAUGCUGAAAGAGGUACGCGUGGAUUCGAGUGUCAGCAUCGAGAAUCCGAUCCGCUUACCGAACGUAAGCGUGGCCAACAAGAACCGUUUGAUGAACCGUCUGGUGGAGGAAGAGCACGAUGAGUGGUUCGAUGCGUCCGGUGAACUAAUCGGUUUCCAGCGCUAUAUGGCCAGCGAACGUGUUCGAGGUUUCUGUAGCAAAACCUUCGAUCCGUUCUUCGUCGAGCCGAUUCCUUUGUCGAAAACCCUCGAACAACUGCCCAUGGAGCGAACGGUAAAAAUUUUGAUCGGAAAGCUGCGGUUCGAUGCGCAUCCUUCCUUCGAACCAGUAGUCCGAAAGCGGCUCAAGUUGGAACAGCUCUACCGGCAAUACUACCGUACACGACGAUUGAACCGCGUGGAGGCGCUCGAAGAAAAACUACGGGAACUACGGGCAAACGAAGGAGACAAUCGAGACGAAGGUUUCGAUGAGUUUGGUUUCAAAAUGGCGCGUCGGGAGCUGCGCAAGCUCAUCUACCAAGAGAUGCGUACGGAGCGAACACUCGCUACUCAGAUACUGGAACUUUGGGACGAGCUAAAGGAACUGGAUUGUGGGCUUAAACUAACCGUGGUCAACGGUACUAAUAACCAGGACGACAUCGACAUGAAUGCGUUGCAGGAGCGUUACACACUCGAACUGCGUGAAUCGCUGGAAGAGGAGCACGAACUGUAUCUGCGGGACAAGCAGGAGUACAAGGCGUACUUGCGUGAUUUGGAACUGGAGGAGGAGGGCAUAGGUGGUGCCGAUGAGCGACCAUCGAUGGUUAAACCUAGGAAACCUGACACGGCCCGGCUGAAACAUGAGUUUCGCCAGUUGUUCGAUGAAACGUUUGGUGGGGCUGAUGAUUUACCCCCGACGAACAUUCUGUUGCAACGAGUUCGUGGUACGGAAGGAACGGAUGGGGACACGAGCCACCGAGCAACGCCGGGUAAGGAUCUUCAAUUCAAAGCCAAACUGUUCAUCGACGGUAGUCACGUGGCAUCGACCAAGGCACGUCACUUUCAAGACGACGUGCUGGUCGACUUUAACACUUCGUUCGGCAUCAAGCUUACGAGCCGGAUACCGGAAUCGGUGGCCGUUCAUUUGUACGAGAAAAAUCGGUUAAAGGUGAAAACGAAGCGUGCGGAACUGUUUGUUCCCGUGCCGAGCCGCGGAGAAUUAUUCGAUGAAAGCGAGUACGUGGAUUAUCAGUUCACCUGCGGCAAACCUUACAAACCACAGUCCUACGCUAAUGGGAGCAUCGAGCUUAAAGUGGGUUGGCUGGAGCAGGCUGGUUCGUCUUUUCCCAGUCCUAGCCGAAGGCGAGUUGUGCCACGGCAUAUUAAGCUUUCCAGCGAGCAAAUUCACCGGUGGUUCGAGGACCACGCGCUCAACCACGAGGAGGAUCUCGAUCCGCAACAACUACAGACACUGACCAUCGCUCAAAAUCAAUCAAAGUCAGCACCAACGGAACAAGAUGACGAAGCACCGCCGGUGUUCCGGUUUAACGAAGAUUUGCUUGCCUUCUGCUCAGAGGAAACCAUCGAGCGUAACGAACGGUUACAGAUGCUAACUAAACGAUUCAACCGGACGCUCAAGUACCGCGAUGCAAAGUUUAUUCCACAGAGCGAGCGAGAACUCGCGUUUACGGGCUAUGAUGAUCACGAAGAGCAAAGGAAAAUCAUCGACGAAACGCUCGGUACCGAUCCGAUCGAUCUGCAGCGCCAUCGCGGAAAGCGAUACUUGCAGCAGGUUUACGACAUCAUAAGCAACCACUGCCGGGUGCUGACACAGGACAAGGUGAACAACAAUCUGCUGAUCGGUGCCGAUCAGGUACUCUCGUUCGGGGCUCUUAGCUUGGCGUUUUUGGAAAUUUUUGGCCCACGGCGCCCACUGAAACCGUCACGUCGCUCACCAACCAGUCGCGCCUCCAUACGCGUGACCGAUGUGACGCAUUUCCGGCUAGUCGUUACGAUUGUGCGAGCAUUCGGGAUACCUAUGCGCACCGAGGACAGUCAGUCGAGUGCAGCGGACGAUGGGCGGCGACACAGUAAUAUGUCUUCGAUCGGACGAUUCUCAUUUCGUACCUCGAACGUUCGGCCGUACAUUACGGUCUCGAUUAAGGAUCGCGUGUUGCGUACUUCGACGGCAGAUGGGACGGCUCCGACCUGGAAUGAGCAGCUUGAGCUUCCACUGGAUAUUGCGAGCGAUCAGAUCAGGAAACAUCUGCAUAUCGAUCUGUACGACGAACAUCUGGAGAACCUCCUGGACGACGAUCGAGCACGCCCCACCGAGAUGUAUCAGCGCAUUUCGAGCCGGUGGUUGGGCCAGCUGCGGAUUCCCAUCAGUACUGUCUAUCUCAAUCAGCGGUUGGAGGGCACGUUCGAGAUCAAAACGCCACCGAUUCUGUUUGGAUACGACCGUCAGCAGCAGCAACAGGAUAAGCAACCGUCGCAACCAGGAUAUCCGACGCCGGAGCUACAGGAAAGCUAUGGUACCGCUGCGAUGAUGGCUUUCAUCGGUUCUAGCGGUACCACGAACUUGCCUGAUGUACGCGAACUGACUCAUGUAUCGUUGUUCAUCAGCCUGGAACCGCCAGUUGAGAGACCGUUGAUUGAUACGGGUGGACUGGAAUGUGCUGAGCUAGAUCAGGUCAGUGCGAGGGUUAGUCUCUGGUUCCAGGAGUAUCGGCACGAGUUCCCGGCGAGAGCGAUCGUCAGUCCCAUGGUCACCCUGCUCGGGGGAAAGCGUGUCUGUGCAACUCGAUUGUUGGGACCGCUACCGGUACCUUUUCCGAUCGAUGAAAAGUCGGAAAUGAUGAUCAGACGGUAUGUGUCACUGAUUCCCGUCCAUCAUACCAUCGAUCCGUGUUCUCAAUUAAGUGGUAUUUGGUUAACGAACAAGGAGAUCCUAACGAUGAUGUGUGCCUCCCCGAAGGAUCUCGGUGUUUUGCUGGUUUGCUUCUAUCUCGAGUUGGGGUACGAUGUGUGGCUCAUCUUCGGCAACAGUGUGCUGAUGGGUGAUGGUACCUUCGUGCUGCUGCUAGACGGUGGCGAGUACUUCAUUGUCGAUCCGUGCAGUGGACGGAAGUAUAGCAGCACCGAUACAUACUGUCCGCUAAGCCGCAUCUAUCUGAUCGUUGGAACCGACAACAUCUGGGGGAACAUUCAAAAGGAGAACCGCGUCUUCCUGACGCAGCUUGAUGUACGCAAAUCCGGUUACUGGAGGGCCCUUUUCAACCGAUUCAACGAACCACCGACCGGUUGCGUACAGGAGACUGCAUUCCCGUUCCAGGAAGCCCUCACUGUUCGCGAUCUUCAGCGUACGAUCGAGCGGAAAUUAAUGAGAAAAAUUUCCACCUGGCGAACACAUCGAAAAACUGUGUGGAACAGGUAUAUAAACGAGCAACUACGAGGCACACUAAUUAGCUUGGAGCAGGAUACAUGCCUAGAAGUUGACACAGACCGCUAUAUGGCUGAGGAGUUUGGCCAAAUGUUUGUCUCGUACAAGAUAAACGGAUUUCCUAUCAACAUGCCCUACACGAAUCUCUCAACAAUUGUGGCGCAGGUGAAGGGCACCGGUAUUCAUCUAAACUCAGCAGCCGAUGUCGAGUUUGCACUCGGUGUGCACAUUAAACCGUAUCCCUGUAAUGUGUAUUCGGUUUGGGUUUUUCUCAUGUCACUCGUACCGCGAGUGUAA